AUGACCAUGACGGAGCAGAACGGCAUCGACAUAUUGUGUGACGCCGCCGGCUCCGAUCUGCUGCUGUCCUCGCUCGACUAUCUCCAGCAAACCUCUUCAUCCUCGUCCGGCACCGGGAAUGCGACUACAGCUGGGAAUGGCACUGCCUCUGGUGUGAACCCUACCACUACCAACACCACCACCAACAACACCACCUCUACCUCCACCGCCACUAUUCCCGCCGCCGCCCUCCCUGACACUCCUCUCCUCCACGGUCACCAGCAAACAACACCGGGCCCGCCCCGAGCCAAACGGCCAAAGACCGAGUCGGCUUCGGCUCCACCCUCGGCCUCGACCCCGACCUCCAACCACGUCUGUCAGAUCUGCAAACGCGUCUAUGAGCGCGCCGACCACCUCACCCGUCACCUACGCUCCCACGAGAAUGCCCGCCAGUACCAGUGCACUCGCUGUCCGAAGCGCUUCAACCGCGCAGAUCUACUUACGCGCCACGAGACAACCCACGACAGAGACAACGACGGUAAAGGACGAACCAUAAUCCGCCGGAGCGACCGAGCCGCCGAAGCAUGCCUCAACUGCGCCACGUCCAAAGCGAAAUGCGAUGACAUGAAACCUUGCACCCGCUGUCGGAUCAAGAACCUUCCCUGCGAGACCUCCAACAAGAAGACACCGCAAUAUCGGACGGCAGACGGCACCGAUGCUGGUUCUGUCCUCACACCCUCCGAACAUGGCACUCCGAAUGUCGCCUCGGCUUCCAUGACUCCCGUCGACGGGACCAUGUCCUCUUCUUACGGUGGCUUCAACGGCGGUUACAGCAUGCCCCCCGCUAAGCAAUCGACUUCCUAUGGCCAUCAUCAACAGCAUCCUCACCAGCGCCAGCAACAGCACCACUCUUAUCCACCUGCGGAUCCCCAUCCACAUCAUCAAGGGGCUGACACACUCAACCACCUCCAUCUGAUUGCUGGCCCGAUGAUGGACGGCCUCCCUGAGGAUCUCCUCUACCCAAUGCACUCCAACCCCACAAACCCCUGGUUCCAGGAUAUCGACUUCAGCUCGUGGAACAUUAACUGGAACGGCUUCUCCGUGCCACAAGUCGAUUCCUACAGCCAGAGCCCGCAAUCCACCUCCGGCACCGCAACCACGUCCUCCAAGCCGACAGCCCAUAGGAAGGCCAACCACCGCGACUCAGCCCGACGCCACGCCGCCUUCAAGCGCUCGCCCUGGCUCUGGGAGCCCUCCGACAAACAAGACUACCCGGCCAUCAAGCCUGACGAGCAAGAUCAAGAUCGACUCAACCACUCGGGACCGGCUCUUCGCGAUGUGUUGUCGCAAAUAAAGGACCCUCACCGCGUGCCGUCGUUCCCGUCGGUGGAGCUGCUCAAUUUCCUGCUGCAGGCCCAUCUGGUGCACGAUGAGUACCAGUGCGAUAGCUGGAUACACUCGCCUUCGCUGAACCCGGCCGAGAUGUUGCCGGAGCUGCUGGGUGCGAUUGUGGCGAAUGGGGCGAGCUUUAUUGCUGUUCCGGCUAUUUGGCAGUUUGGACUGUCGAUGCAGGAGAUUAUCAGGACGAGGAUGGCUAGUUUGUUUGAAUCGCAAAAUACAAAUACCCGCAAGCUGGAAUGUCUUCAGGCCUUUUCGUUGCACCUUGCUAUUGGCAUGUGGAGCGGGUUUAAGAGGAAAACAGAGCUGGCAGAGGCGUUUUUGCAGCCUCUGUUGAUUAUGAUGCGACGUGCGGGGGUUUAUACUGCUGUUGUCUACACGCGGGCAGACUUACCAGCAGUUCUCCCUCAAGCUUCGGACUCGCCAGAGGUGUUGGAUAGGAAAUGGCGGGCGUUUAUUAAUAGGGAGUCUCACAAGAGACUUGCCCUUCAUAUGUUCCUUCAUGAUGUGCAAACUUCUGUCGCCCUCCAGACCACACCUCUCCUCUCCUUCACUGAACUUUGCUUUAGCCUGCCCUCAUCUCGCGACCUCUGGAAAGCCCCGACCGCCAGAGCCUGGCGCGACUUGCACUUCUCCAAACGUAAACCACCUGCCGACCGGCCCAUGCCCCGUAUGAACGAAAUUAUACACUGCCCCGGCCUACUCGACGACUUCGUCGACUUUGUUGACAUUGAGCUCGUCAACACCACCGUCCUCCACGCCUUCUGGGGCCAAAUUUCCGCUUACCGCUACGGAAUGAGGUUCUAUCAAGAGCCCUCUACCGUCACGAGCAUGUCAGGCAACUACGGCCAUUACUCGCAGCGCAAUUUCUCGAACCACCGGGAGUUACUCAAGUCUAUGCAUCGCGAACUUUACAACGAUUUGCAGGACUUUGCCAACACCGUCGUUUACGCGCAUAAGAGUCAGCCGUACACUCCGGUCUCGCAUAGACGGUAUCCAGUCCCGUUUCCGGCGCCGGGAGGGUCGAACGCUACUUCGCCUACCCCUAAUGUCCCCUCGCCAGUAUCGAUCGUAAACUCGAGUAUGCCGAUCACCUUUGAGAUGUUCUCGCUGGCUUUGCAUGUUGAUCUCAACCAGCUUCAGUCUUUUGCGGGGAAGGCUGGCGAGGAAGAAGCGAGAAGGGCGUCUGCUCACUUUUUGCAUCAGGAUCAUUAUCCAGGCACUGGGAGAGAAGGUAAUGGGCCAGGAGGAGCAGGUGGAGGAGGAGGUGGGUGGGUGAGAAGCACAGAUGCGAGGUAUGCCGUCUGGCAUGCCGGCCAAGUAUUUAGAGCGGCGAGGGGACUGCCUCCUACGGGACUGAGGGGGUUCAACGCCAUGGCUGUGUACUUUGCUAGCUUGACGUUAUGGGUAUAUGGAUUUUUGGGUGGCCCCAACCCAGGGUCGCCGGGCUUGCCGCCGCAGUUUGGAGGUGGUGGAGAGCAUGAUGGGAUUAGAGGUGGGUUUGGAGCGGGCCAUCACGGACAGCAGCAAUUCAAUGGCGGCGGUGGGAUGGAAGAUCCGAGGAGGUCAUCUGUCACCGUCCCGGUGCCAUCUGGUCAUGGAUAUCAGAUGCAGAUGCCUCAUCACCAUCAACAUCAACAACACCCACAACAUUCACAGACAUUACCUUCUCAACAGCAACAACACCUACCACCACCACCGCCGCCGCCGCAACCUCAUCAGUACCAACCACAUCUCCAACCACCACCCGAUGCCCCUUUCGCAAUUCUCGACGGGGAAGACACUCGCGGGAUUCAAAAUUUCCUACAAACAGGUCGUGGGAUUCCGGCACUUACUAUCUCACCGCAAUCACCAUCUCACCCGUCUAAUCUCUCCAGCAGUAACACUAUUUCUAACCCAGUAGUUGAAUCCCUCUUCGCAAACUCUACCCUACCGCUGCAAACAGCCUGUUGCAUCUUCCGCGAGAACUUCCCUUCGUUAUCACACAGCGAAAGUGAGCCGCUGCCACCCUUGGUCGAGAGUCUAGGGACUUUGUUGAAGGAUCUAGGGAGGGGAAGUACGAUGGGUGGGAGUCGGGCGGGGAGUAGUGCUGAUGAUGAUGAGGAGGGGAAUGAGGAUGAAGGGAAUGGGGAUGAUAAUGAUGAUGAGGAGGAGGAGGAGGAAGAUGGGACUGCGGGUAGGGGUAGGGCUAGGGAGGUAAGUAGGGAGAGGAGGGAAGACGAGGAAGGACACAGACGGGAAAGUAAGGCGGGCGUAGCUGGUAAAAUCGAAGAGGGGAGGAGGAUAUAUGUAGGGAGAGCGGCUGAUGGAGGAGGAGGAGACAGCAGACGGGUUGAUGAAGGAAGGGCAUGA